ACGUCAUCAUGUCUGAACCAAUGAGAAGAACUGCCGCCGCCAUAGUUCCGCCCAGAUAGCGUCCCGCCCUGAUGACCGACUGACAGCCGAGUGGCGGGAGUGGUUCGGUUCGGAUCUUCUGCAGCAGAACAAACGGCUUUCCUGUCAGGAACCAGGAGACAGAAUGAGUGACGUGGCGGAGGAAGCGAUGGACAGCUCUGCCGUGUCGGAGGACGAAGUGGACGAUCCUCAGAGAGAUGAGUCCGUUCCUCCCAAAAGCUCACAGAUCUCAGAUGUGGGAGAAAUCGUGGAAGGAAAACGGGCCAAGAAGACGGUGGAGAGGCUGGACUUCCAGGCUCCCAAAGCCAAGGAGAAGCUAAAGAUUUUAGACGGCGGUGGCGAUAAGCUGGGAGACAUUCCUCGGACCAACUAUGAGAUCAACAGGAGGAAGGCGGAUGAGCUCAAGCUGCUGCACUCCAUCUUGUUCGACAGACCCGGAAAGUCGGCCUCCGUCAAGAAGAACCUGCGGUUGUUCAGCGGCUUCCCGUUCGACGCCGACGGCCCGGAGUUCACCAAGAAACGGGAGAAGAUGAUCCGGAACUCCAACCUGACCAACACCAAGCUGAAGCUCAUCUGCACCGUUCUGGAUCUGGAGAAGAAGGGAACCCACGUGGAUCUCAUCGACCGGAUCCUCAACUUCCUGAUGGCCCCAAAGAGCAGCGGGAAGCGCGCUCCGGUGAAGAAGAAGAGGAAGUCCAAGAAGAAGCUGUCUGGAGAUGACUCCAAAACCAAGAGCAAGAAGAGCAAACCCAAAGCCAAGAGCUCCUCGUCCAGCUCCAAAAAGUCCAAAACAGGAAGUAAAUCCAAAGCUAUCGUGAUGGACUCCAGCAGCGACGAGGAUGAGGAGGACGAGGAGAAGGUGGGAGCUUCAGCCGACGCAGAGGGGUCUGAUGAAGAGGAGAGACCGUCAGAGCAGGAGGAAGACCAGGAGGAGCAGUCUGGCCAAUCGGGGGAGUCAGAGGAGGAAGAUCAGGAAGACUCUGAGUCCUCCAAGACCAAGUCCAGCAAAGGGAAGAAGAAGAGGCAGCGGCCACCAACGAAGAAGACGGGGCCACCAAAGAAAAGAGCGAAGAAAGAAACUUCUGAGGAGUCCGGUGGAGACAGCGACGCCGAGGAGAAGCCAAAGAAGAAGAAAGCAGCAGCAGCUAAAACCAAGAAGGCGGACAGCAGCAGCAGCAACAGGAAGAACAGCACCAACACGGCUGAGGACAGCUCUGACGACGACGAGCCGCUCAUCAAGAUGAUAAAGAAAGCUCCGACAGACGAGCAGCUGAAGGGGACGGUGGAGAAGCUCCUGAAGGAGGCCAACCUGGAGGAGAUGACCAUGAAGCAGAUCUGUCAGAAGGUGUUCGACACGUAUCCAGAACACGACCUGAGCAGCAGGAAGGACUUCAUCAAACAGACAGUCAAGACCCUCAUCACAUGAAGACGCUGCAGGACUCUGCGUCUCGGCGGCUCCAACUUUGAUGUUUUAUUCCGUUUGUAAUGAA